GCGUUAUUUUGUUUUUCCCCACCGCGCACUAUUUCUCUUCCGCUUUCUCCCUAAGAAAGUAAGAAGGCGUCUGCUCCGGGUUAAGCCGCCGCCUGAGUGCUAUCCUUCUGAUCAUCUGUCACGUUUUCAUGGAUACUAUUCCAAUAGAGGGUUUGACACAAAGUAUGAAUUGAUUAAGAAGUUGGGAUCUGGAAAAUUUGGUGAUGUAUACUUAUGUUUCAAUUCGGAGCUUAAGUGUGAAGUUGCUGUCAAGAUCAUUGAACUCAUGAACAAAUUUGACAGCCUUCCUUCUGAUCUACUGAGAGAGAUUUCUAUUUUGAAAGAUUCAAAACAUGAGAAUAUAUUGAGUUUGCUGGAUGUCUGUGUGUCUGGAGAGAAGAUCUACUUGAUAUUUGAGGCGUUGGAUAUUGAGUUGGGUGAUUACAUUGUGGAAGAAACCCCAUCUAUGCAUAUGAUCAAGAUUGUUCUAUAUGGUAUUUUGAGCGGCCUUAAACACCUUCAUGAAAAUGGCAUAAUACAUCGAGAUUUAUGCCCUACCAACAUUCUUCUGGACAGAGAUAGAAAAGUGAAGAUUGCUGAUUUUGGUCUUGCACGCUAUUCAAGUGACAGCCAUGAGAGAUACACUCAUACAGACUGUACAUAUGAGUACACUUCUCCUGAACAGUUACUUUCUGCUCCCUACUCGUUUCCUAUUGAUAUUUGGGCUGUGGGAUGUAUCUUUGCUCAGAUGGUGAAGGGAGGAGAUACUCUCUUAAUGUACAACAGAGAAUUAGCAGCUGUCGCAAGUAUCUCAAGGGUGUUUGGGACACCACAUGAGAAAACUUGGCCUGGUGUAACUCAAUUCACCUAGUCUCAUCUCAGUGUCUUAUCAGUCUGGACAGGUAAUAUGCGUGUAAUUUUGUCGUUGAUUUUGGUGUUUAAACAAUAGGUGUUCCUAAGGGUAUCUCUCGGCUGCUAAUGCCAAUGUAACAAAGAAUUCAUACAUUUUAGCAACUUAUUCUAGUUGAACUUGAGAGACAUCGUACUCUUAUUUCCUAACACAUGACAUGAGCAUAUGAAAAAAGAGAUGUAUAUAAUACUUAAAAAUUCAAUGUGGCCUAUUAUUUUGAAAGAAACAAGUAUUACUGUAUUACUGUCUUGAUUACUGCGGUUUUUGUUUGUACAAUUUCUAAUUUUUUAUUGUCCUUUUCAUUCUUAGAGUAGCUUGAAUCAUUGACGAGGAUUGGCCCUGACUAGCCACACUGAAGCUUAGUACAGUGGCUUGCUAGGGCUUUUGUUGUUUGAAGCUUAGUAACAGCAAUAUCUGUGAACUUCUAGCUUAUGUCAAAAAAAUUAUAAAGUAAUUCUGUAAGUUUUUUAGGAUGGAUGGUGGAAAUAGUUCUGGCAUAGUGGUGGUUAGUGUGCGUGUAUGGAGGGAGGCGGUUGUUGUUGAAUGGACGGUUGUGGUGGUGGUCAAUAAUAAAUUUAAAAACAAAUAGAUUAGGGCUUGUUUGACAUCAUUUUUUGUUUUCAGUUUCCUAUUUUUUAAA